AUGAAGUCGAGCACAGCCAUCAUUCUUCUUGCUGCACUUGCGGGGCAAUCGGUGGCAGCACCCACCGGAAAUGCUGCGUUGCAAGCUCAACAACAACAAGACACAAACGCUUUGAAAUUACUAGCGACCCAUUUAUCGACGGGCGAGCUCGCUAAAGAAGAUCGUGUACUGCUUAGCCACUUGUUAGCAGCGGCUUCCUCGCUGCAAAAACGAGGAACGGAUGCAGCGGACGGCGUCUCCAGCAGCCUGGGUGGUAGCAACGGUGGAGGCCUAGUAGCUGGCGUUGGCGGUCUUCUUGAAGGAGUUUCUGAUCUCGUCACUCAGCUCUUGAGAGGCCUGCUCGGCGGUGGUCACGGUGGUUCUUCCUCAGCCCAUGUCGGCAUCACCGGUGGUCUCAACCUGGGAGGCCUUUUGGGACUUCCUGUGCCCUCCACUGGCAUCAAUGGACUCAAUUUGAGUGGCCUCACCGGGGCUGUGUCCAAUCUUCCGCUGCAGAACAUUUCCCUUCCAGGUGGCAUCAGCUCGCAACCCAUCAAUAUCACUAUCAUUCCUGCAAACAUCCCUCUUCCUGCAAACAUCCCUCUUCCUGCAAACAUCUCUCUUCCUGGGAACCCAAUCUCUCUUCCUGGAAACCCGAUUUCUCUUCCUGGAAACCCAAUCUCUCUUCCUGGAAACCCAAUCUCUCUUCCUGGAAACCCAAUCUCUCUUCCUGGAAACCCGAUUUCUCUUCCUGGAAACCCAAUCUCUCUUCCUGGAAACCCGAUUUCUCUUCCUGCCAACAUUACCGGCACGGCAGGCAACGUUGGCGGUGCUGUCGGUGGCUCUGGGCUGGAUUUGGGCAACCUCAAUACUGCCAUAAAUGUGAUUUUCAGGAACCUUAUCGAGAACCUGGACGAUUCCGUAAUCAGCAGAUUGAUUACCAUAAUCACCAACGCAAAGGGCAAUGCUCAGAAGGCUACAGACGACAUUAACCAGUUCGCUGCUUCAAGUGGCUUAGAUGCCAGUCGUAUCUUCACAGCUUUGAAAAACGUCCUGUCUCUUGGAAAUCUCAACCCUACCGCUACAGAUCUUCUCAGGCGAUCAGGCGGUCUGCUUGGAGGCCUUGUGAACGCUCUUGGCAGUUUAAAUGGCAUAGGCAGCCUUGGUCCGAUUGACCUGACCGGUGGAGCUCUGAAUGGCUUGAACACAACUAUUGGGGGUCUUCCUAGCGGCACUGUUGGUAAUCUUCCUGGCGGAGUUGUUACUACCCCAGUUGGAAAUGUCACCAACGGAGCAAACGGUGGAAUCACCCUGCCUGGCGGGUUGACCCUCGCCGAAAUCCAGCAUCUGAUUGACUUUAUCCACGGUGCUACUGACCAACUCUCGGUGACGAGAGAAGUUCAACGAAUCGCCGCUCUGCAUGGGCUUGAUCCUGUUGGUCUUGCCCGCCUUCUGCAGAGCCUCCUGAAUGGGAAUGUUAACCCUAUCAACACUGGAAUCGUGCCGCCUCAGUUGCAGAAUGUAACUGCUGGAGGUCUCCCUGCCAUUAACGGAACUUUGGGAGGGCUGGCCGGCGGUCUCGCUGGCCUUUUGAAUGGAACCCUCGGAGGUCUUACAGGAGGUCUCCCUGGUAUCCUCAACGGUACUGUUGGAGGCUUGACAGGAGGUCUUCCUGGCAUUAACGGAACUCUGGGAGGGCUGGGUGGGUUGGGCGGCGGUCUUGGCGGCGGCUCUACUCUACUUGGUGCUCUCGUCAAUGAUGUUUCUGGGCUUCUUACGUUCUUACUACAUCUAUUAGGCCUCGGUGGCAUUGGAGGUUUAGGUGGCAGUCUCGGCGGGCUUGGACUGGGAGCACUAGGACAUCUUGGAGGGCUCGGAGGGCUCGGAGGACUGGGAGGACUGGGAGGACUUGGAGGACUCACAUCUGGGCUCCUCUCUGGUAACCCUGCGGCCAACUUGACAGGAGCUUUGGGUCCUCUUACUGGCAAUGUGACGGGCACACUGGGUUCUAUCACCGGGGGUUUGCCAGGUGUGAUUGGGGGUGUUACCAACACUGCUGGAUCUACUCUGGGGUCUGUCACCUCAGGCCUGAACUCGACACUCAAUGGCGCGCUGCCCGGUCUUGGUUCAACUGUCGGAUCUAUUGUCUCGGGCCUUAACUCAACACUCUCCGGUUUGGCACCGAACUUGACCUCUGGCUUAGGAUCUGCUAUUGGAUCCACUGUUGGUAACCUUGGAUCAACUCUCGGUAAUCUAGGAUCAGCGCUUCCUGCCGUUACAUCAGGUGUUCCUGGCAUUGGUCUUAAUCUUAAUGUAACGCUCUCAGCUCCACCUGGCUCGCCCCUUGGUGGGUUAGUGUCAGGUCUCUCGGGCAUAGCUUCUACUGCUACUGGCCUUGGCUCUGGUCUAUUGAACGCAACUGGCUUGGGAGCACUCAUCCCUGGUCUAUCACUUUCUGCAGGCGGAGGCAGCGGAACCCUUGGGCUGGGUAUCGGGUUGAAAAACGUCCAGCUUUCUGAUGCAUCUGAUGAAAACAACACCGCACUGGUUUCUGACCCCACCGGCUCCGAUGAAGACGAUGAAGGUUAUUCCAGCUCAAAUAACAGGCGGUCUCAUGCCGCCCGAUUCCGAGCCUCGAUCCGCGCAGCCAAUGUUGGAAUCGUCGCGUAA